ACAUUCUGAUGGACUUUUUACAAUGCCAGACCAUGAUUCGCCUACAGUAUCGCCAAAAUUUUUAUCACGCGGACAUUUGUAUAAAGUUAUAGUUGGCGAAACUAUAGAGCUACCUUGUAAAGUGCAAAAUCUUGGAUCUUUUGUAUUAUUAUGGCGGAAAGGUUCUUCCGUUUUAACCGCUGGUCACUUGAAGAUUACGAGAGAUCAAAGGUUUAAAAUUGUGGGAGAUUAUAAUUUGCAAAUAGCAAGUGUUAAAACCCAGGAUGCUGGCGACUAUAUCUGUCAACUUGGUGAUCAAGAAAAUCGAGAUCAAGUACAUACAGUUGAAAUUUUAGUACCUCCAACACUUCGUGCAUUGCCUCACAAUGGCCAGGUAACCGCGCGUAAGGGCAGCACCGUGACUUUGGAAUGUAAAGCUUCAGGAAAUCCGGUGCCCACAAUUUAUUGGUUUAAAAAAGACGUUUUUGCGGGACCAACUCAUUUAUCAGAUAGUUCAACAUUAAUACUAGAGAAUGUAGACAGACAUCAUGCCGGAAUAUACCAGUGUUCGGCCGAUAAUGGAGUUAAAGAGCGCGUUUCAAUGGAUAUACAACUAACUAUUUUAUCACCACCGGAAAUAACUGUCGAGAAAUCCUGGGUACAUGCAGCUGAAGGUCAUGAUGUGGAGCUUGCUUGUAUAGUUCACGGCGAUGUGAAUUCAGAGAUGCUGUGGUAUCAAAACUCUUUUCUAUUAGAUCCUACCGAUAGGAGAUCAAUGCAGUCAAAUGAUGAUAAAUAUACUUUAAUAAUAAGGAAAUUCCAGCCCUCUGAUUUUGGAAAUUACAGUUGCGUCGCCGAUAAUGCUCUGGGUAGAACUAAAAAGUAUAUUGAAGUAUCUGGCCGUCCGGGUCCAGCAAAUUUUAUAUCUCCUGCUCUAAGUGGAUAUCUCGAUCAUUAUAACUUAACAUGGACCAUAGAAUCAAUUCCAGCACUUGAUGAGAUUAAACUUUUAUACAGACGACUAUUGAUGAAUGAAACCUAUCAGCAUCCAGGAAAGUGGCAUGAAAAUCAUAUAAACCCAACUUUAAUUCGAUUCGAUAAUACCCAUUUUAUCAUGUCACACGUGAUAAAAAACUUGGAACAUAAUGCUGUGUACGAGGCAAUUGUUCAAGCUAAAAAUAAAUAUGGUUGGAACGAGAUUAGCGACAUUCACCAGUUCUACACCAGAAACCAUGAUCUACUCCUCGACAUAGAUAUGGAAUAUAAAAUGGGAAUUUCCAAUGGAGCAGGAGCAUUAUUUACAUUAUAUUUGCUAAAUGGAGAGGCCGCUUGCGCAAUAUUUCUUUUGUUGAAAGUUUGUAUUUAAGAACUUAAUUACUUUAAUAUUCAUUAAGAAAAUGUGCCUUAUAUUUUAGUUAAAAACUUCAUUAAAUUUGUAAAGCUUUUUAUUAUGUAACCCGUUGAUUUAGCUGUGCGAUAGAUACUUUAAGAAAAAGCCAUUUUAUAUUAUUCAUUUAUGAAUUUGAUUCGAGAUAAAGCAUUUUUGUGUCUUUGUGUUGAUAUUCAUUUGUCAGUGAGAUGAGCAGUGUUGACUUUUUUCUCCGACUAAAAAAAAAUGAAUGGAAAAUUGGCUGAAUUGACCAAUCGAAUAGACCAAAGCCAAGUUGUGUAGAAAAUAAAAUAAUUGUGCUUUUUUGUAAGUUAUAUAUUUGCAGAAAAAGUAUUAAAGUGUAUCACAUGUACAUAAAACAACAAAAACUAAGUAAGUAAAAUUAAUAAAAUA